GCAGGCAGCAUGUGAGCCUCAGUACAAGUUUAGUGGAUGACAAGACAGAGGAACAUUAGGCAGUAGCCCUCUAUGCACGCGGCUUUGUCACUGGAUACAGACGACUUCGAGGGUGUCCACAGCACCAGCAGCAGAACGCCCCUCCUACGAACCAGAGCUCAGAGUGAUCAGACCAGCUGCUUUAUGGACAUGGCCGAGCAGCAGCCCAACAUAGCAAUGGCCAACAAGAAGGCCCCCCCAAACGUGCGGCGUGUGGACUGGCUGCACUUUGUGCGCACGCUGCACCUGGAGCUCUUCCUAUUUGUGUAUGCCGUUUCGUACUCCAUGCGGCUCGUAAUGACCCAGGACCUGCUGCUCACCAAGGCCUGCUGGCAGCGGCAUGCCAUCAAUGCCAGUGCAUGUCGCAACCUCUCCUGGAAUGUUACCAUCAAGGACGACGUCACAAGGUACGCCAAUCUGCACAACUUGGUGCUUUUCCUGAUACAGUUUGUGCCAGCCGGCCUGCUCUCCAUUUUCGUCAGUCCCUGGAGUGACCGGUACGGCCACAAGAUACCGCUGCUCGUUGCCACUUCUGGCGGCAUCUUGCAGGACCUGACCACUCUCUUCUCAGUGAUGUACACCAGUGUUCCACUGUAUGCCACCGUCCUUUGCGCUAUUCCUAACGGCUUCAGUGGUGGUCUUGUAUCUGUGUGUGCAUCUGUCUACAGCAAUGGCACACGGACAGCCACGGCCGAGUUGAAGACUGUGCGUUUUGCUUGCAUCAUGACUGCGUUGACGCUGGGCUUUCAGCUGGGACUGUUUGUUGGAGGACAGGUGUUUCGAGCAGCUGGAGGAAACUACACGGCCAUCUAUGUUACGUCGGCCAUCCUGCUAGCAGUGAUGUUUGUGUGGAUUGGCUGGACGGUGCCGUUCAGCAAUCAGCUUCACCGCACAAGCAGAAGGGAGCUGGUGCGGGACCUGAUACGGCUGGACAACCUACGUGAAGGUGGGCAGGCAGUGUUUCGCCAACGCCCGGGCUACAACCGAGCCAAGCUGCUCCUGCUCAUGAUCUCCAUCUGGUUCAUUCUGUUCAACAGUGAAGUGACGGCACGCAACAUCAACUAUUUCUACACUGAGACCCGCUUCGACUGGAGUCCUGUUAAGUUCUCCAACGUGACGGCCUUUUUUGGCUUGGUGCAACUGCUGGCCACAGCCGUGUGCGUGGUGGUGCUCAGCCGGCUGCUGCAGGUUCGUGAUCUGGUGCUGGCCUGUCUCGGAGUGGUGGCCUUUGCUCUACAGAAUGCCCUCAAGGGCAUCUCCACACACGAAUGGAUGUACUACCUCAGUUAUGUCCUUGGGGCCCCUGGGGGAGCAGCAGGCAUCGGUAUUUCAUCUUAUGCCUCUAAGUUGAUCAGCCCUCACGAAGCCAAUCGUCAUUACUGA